AUGGGUCCGCCGCGCACUCGCCGCGCUAUCAGCGUGAACCCGAGCCGCUUCCAGGAGGGCUCCAUGAACGACCGCACAUCGGCCGCACCUCCAGUCCACUUCCUCGACCGCGAACAGCGUGAAGCGCUAGAGCGCCCCGCUACGAGGUCGCAGCCCCGGCCGGUCAGUGACGACUGGGCCGACAAGCAAGUCAAGAAGGGACGACUACUGGGACAAGUUUGGGAUGGUGUCCGCGGUCGCCUUGGAUUGAAGAGGGAGCCCGACGAGGACAAGGGCUCGAGGAAGAGGGACAGGAGCCGCAAGGGAGAGAGGGACGAGAAUCGCCGGGAGAGGUCCAGAGCGAAAACCGAAAUGGAAGACAAGGCGAGAGAGGAGAAGCUGAAGGAGGAUGUUCAGAAGGGUGAGAUGCCUACCCGAGAAGAAAUCCUGGCCAACUAUCACCAACUCGUUGCCUCGGGUUUCUUCACCUCCCAUGCCAUCCAAUCGACUCGCCAACCCCCUCCUGGUACUAUUCCAGGCCCUGCUCAAGCUGGUGCCUCGGGUGCUCGCUUUCCGCCUCGAUCUGUCACCCCUCAACCGCCUGCUCACCGAGCUCCCAUGCCAGCAACACGCCCCAAAUCAUCAUCUUCCAAACCUCAAUCGGCGCCCAAACAACGCUCUUCUCACGAGCAACCGGAAGCUGCAACAUACGACGAGUUGGUAGCCUCGGGGUUUUUCUCUCCCCCAACACCCCGAUUCGCCCGUGGGCCGUCGCCCUCACCUGCUGCCCCCGCUCCCGUUGUUCACUCUACUCGCUCAUCUCGCGACUUUCUCCAACCUCCAGCACCACGAUGGGCCUCUCGCGCAGGCUCCCCGAAUCGUUCUCGCACACCGUCGCCGAUGCCUUCUCCCGCCUCCUCCCGAGGAACUAAGCGGGCUGCGAUUGUUGCCUCGGAUGACGAAGAAGGCGAGGAUUCUGCACAUGACCCUCCGACGCCGAAGAAGAAACUUCGGAAGUCGGCCUCCCGCGAUAUCCCUGCCCCCAAGCUUCGAAAUGUUGCCUCCCGCCGCGUCCUCGCGCCCCGUCGGAGUGUCUCAGGCCCCCAUAGCUCCAGCCGCGAGUAUAACACGCUCGCCCAGCGUGUCCUGGGUCGUCUCCCGGGUGCAAACACAAGAAGUUCCGCCGAGAUGCCCAACCGCCAGGGAAGGCCUGCAGCUAGGCGCAUCGCAUCAGGCGAAUCGAAGCCGCCUCUGCAAGAAUCCUACUUUCCUCGAGUCCUUCGUGGCCGUAGGAGUGCUGCGGAGGGCCUGAGUGUUACUCCAAAUGCAAACCGCGGCAUUCCAAGGGUCCCUAACAUCCCCAAAAAGUUUGUUACUUGCGAGGAUCGUGAGAACGGCGCUCCGUAUCUCACUCUCCACCUAUAG